UUACCCCGUGUGUGUGUAAUAUGUGUCACACUUGACUUACUGGUGUGGUAAGUGAGUUUACUACAAACAGUGUAUUUACGGGGACGACAGUGCAUGGUGGUCCUGUUAAAAUUGUAUUCAUUUACCUCCAAGUAAAGUUUAACAUAUAUAACAGUCGUUGAUCGCCACUAACACCGACACCGUGAGAGGAUGUCACAAAAACAAAGCACAAACAUGACCCCAGAUGAACUGAAAACAGGCCUUUACAACGUUGACCCUAACCUCAAUGGGUCUAUUUCCAUUGACGACUUCAACCAUGACGAGAUGAUGGAAAGACUCGGUGCCAUCAUAGUGGUCGGCUUCCUGUCUAUCGUGGGAAUUAUAGGCAAUAUACAUGUGUUGUAUAUAUACGGAACGAAAUUUAAGAGAACUAAUCAAAGGAUAUUUAUUUUAUUUCUUGGUUACCUGGAUCUGUUCAUGUGUCUGGUUGGAAUGCCUUUUGUUAUCUCAGAAUUGCUGCUGCCGCUAAAAUUUACAUCCGGGAUUGCGUGUAAAGUGUUACGAUGCACAAACUAUUUCACAGGAGGAAGUUCAGCAUUUCUCCUUGUCGUCAUAGCCGUGGAACGUUACAGGAAGAUUUGUCGCCCUUUGGAAUCUCAGAUGACUAUAAAAGGUGCGAAAGUUACAAGUUUUCUGGCUCUGCUUUUAGCUCUACUGUUGUCUUGGCCGGCGGCCAUUUUGUAUGGUUACAGUACCGUUGAUACUGGGUAUCCCGACCUGAUGGGCGCGACUUGUUACAUCGACGACAAGUUCAUCAAGACGAAAUACACGACAUAUUACAACGCUGUUAUCAUCCUCGUCAUCAUCAUCGCCAAUAUUGCCCUCAUAGUCUUAUAUAUAAAAGUAGUACGCCGUGUCUACCAGCAGAGAGCGUUUAGAUCGGACAACAAAUCUCACAUUUCCAGAACAAGGAAAAAGAGUUUUGAACCUGGCCAGACGUGCAAGGUGGUGACGAAUUCUGAGUUCCAAUUCUGUAGCAUGGACUUGCUUAAAGCUAGCCAGGAGGAUCUGACCACGUGUAGUGGACUAGACGAUUCAGCGAACGCAAUGGAUGAUAGCGUCGAGAGCAACAAGCAUGGCAACAGGCUCACCAAACCUGGCAACAGGAAGAAGAGUAAGAAGGUAAGCAACAGAAGCGCUCGCGUGACCAUGAUGUUGUUCAUUAUAACACUGGUCUACUUCAUCAGCUUCCUUCCACACCUGAUAUUGAAAAUCCUUGCCGACACAAAGAAAGACUUCUUACCAAGUUUAGAUUUUACAGGAACGUUUAUGUUUUAUCUAUUUUUGUACAGUAUUUUUAUAAACAAUAUGGCUAAUCCUAUCAUAUAUGGUUUUUGCGAUCCGAAAUUCAUGGAACAUAUCCGGACAAUAUAUCGACGACCCUGCUUAAGUGACAGGGAUUAAAUAGGACAGAAUUCCAGGAAGAAGAAACUAGAAACUAGAUGGACCAUGACGUCACAUUGGUCGGUGAUAUUAAAGACAUACAGCAUAAUAUUUGAAAACAAGCAUAUACAUUUUACUCGUUGAGAAAGUUAUGACACUCAUUCAUUCAUUAUAUAUGCAUUAUGUUAUAAGUACUGACGUGACUUACCUGGAUAUUCAGCUGCAGAGUUAAUGACAAAGCUAUCAAUUAAAACAGUGACCGUGGACAAUGAACACUGACUGUAGUGUAUCUAUCCGUACAGAAUUAAUGACAAAGCUAUCAAUUAAAACAGUGACCGUGGACAAUGGACACUGACUAUAGUGUAUCUAUCUGUACAGAGUUAAUGACAAAGCUAUCAAUUACAACAGUGACCGUGGACAAUGAACACUGACUAUAGUGUAUCUAUCUGUACAGAGUUAAUGACAGAGCUAUCAAUUAAAACAGUGACCGUGGACAAUGGACACUGACUGUAGUGUAUCUAUCCGUACAGAGUUAAUGACAAAGCUAUCAAUUAAAACAUUGACCGUGGACAAUGAACACUGACUGUAGUGUAUCUAUCUGUACAUAGUUAAUGACAAAGCUAUCAAUUAAAACAGUGACCGAGGACAAUGGACACUGACUAUAGUGUAUCUAUCUUUACAGAGUUAAUGACAAAGCUAUCAAUUAAAACAUUGACCGUGGACAAUGAACACUGACUGUAGUGUAUCUAUCUGUACAGAGUUAAUGACAAAGCUAUCAACUAAAACAGUGACCGUGGACAAUGAACACUGACUAUAGUGUAUCUAUCUGUACAGAGUUAAUGACAAAGAUAUCAAUUAAAACAGUGACCGUGGACAAUGAACAAUGACUGUAGUGUAUCUAUCCGUACAGAGUUAAUGACAAAGAUAUCAAUUAAAACAGUGACCGUGGACAAUGAACACUGACUUUAGUGUAUCUAUCUGUACAGAGUUAAUGACAAAGAUAUCAAUUAAAACAGUGACCGUGGACAAUGAACACUGACUGUAGUGUAUCUAUCUGUACAGAGUGGGUGAAGCUCAUGUAGUACAUAUGUAGCUAUAGAGUGCUGAGUCACCCUGAUACAUGUAUACAAACAAGUUACAAUCAAGAUUAUUUAAUUGGUUGUUAUCUGUUAUUAAGUUUUUAUCUUAAAUAAUAAAUUUAUGAGACUAA